AUGGCCUCUAUGCAGUAUGCGCGACCAUCGCCUAUCCCGAAAGAGCUCUACGGUAUUCCUCGGCAUUACCGUAAUUUCUGGUGGUCGUCUUCGAAAGCACCUUCCGUGCCAGAUGCAUCUCAGAAGCUGUCGGGACAGACACCUUUGCCUGAGCAGUCCUCGGCGGACCUAGCUUCUGCGCCAGUAUCUACCGAGGCUCUCGAAAAUGCACCAUCUGUUGUGGGUGCAGAGGUACCCGCUGUUCCUCCUGAAAUCACCCUCCCUGAUCUCUCCGCUGCGCCUCCAAUCCCCUCUCCGCUCCAGUACGGUGACCUCGCUGCCCUCGGCCUCGCCAGCUGGACGCCUGCCGGACUCUGCAGAUGGGGCAUGGAACUCCUUCAAGUGUCCACUGGCAUGCCGUGGUUCUGGACGAUCAUCAGCGCAACCCUCAUUUCGCGUGUCGUGCUAUUCCCGUUCACUGUGCGGUCAAUGCGAUCUACUGCCGCGCUGGCGCCGUACCAGGACGAGGUCAAUGCACUUCGGGUGCAGAUGCAAGCCGCACAGGCGAAUAAGGACAUGCUCACGUUGCAGAGUGUAGCGAUGAAGCAGCGUAUGAUCUACGACAAGGCCGGCGUGAGCAUGGCCAGUAUGGCGCUGCUGCCGUUCGUCCAGCUGCCCGUCACGCUAGGCAUGUUUUUCGGCGUUAAAAAACUCUGUGACUUGCCGCUAGAGCAGCUCCAUUAUAGCGGGAUCUCGUUCUUGCCAGAUCUGACAGUCGCAGAUCCGACGUGCAUAUUGCCUAUUGCGUCCGCCGUCAUGAUGAACGUUCAGCUCUCCCUUGGCUUGAAAGACAUGACUGCAGCUCCGCACAUGGCGCACAUGAUCAACUUGUUUCGAGUGCUGUCAGUUGUCAGUGUCCCGCUGAUGUGGAACCUACCAUCCGGCGUCAUGGUCUACGUCGUCAGCAGCGUAGUCGGAAUCUCAAUCCAGACGCUGCUCUUGCGACAGCCGGUAAUCAGGAGAGCGCUGGGCAUUCCUGUCGUUGAGGCUAAGCACGGCGUCAAGCCUGCCUCCAUCAUGGACUCUGUCGCGUACGCGAAGCAAUGGUGGAAGGAGAAAAAGGAGGAACAGGAAGCUAUCGUCAGAGCUAAGAGACGAUAA